GAAGAAUCGACGCGUAUCGUUCACUCUCUUUCCCUUACCGUCAUCUCCGUCCCCAGUGCACCGUGCUCCAUUCAUCUCUUGACGCAACAGGCCCUUCGCGAAUCGUCUACUUUGGAAUGCCCUCUAUCAUGCGAUCAAUCCUUCUUGCCUUGCAGGCCGCUUCACUCCUUACCCUUUCGGGUUUGUCCCCCGCGCCUCUGGUCACUGUCAACGCGUCACCUCUGCCUGGUGCUUCGUCCAUAUCCUCAAAGAUCUCGCCUAGCUCGCUCCUCGCUCCUCGUGUUCUGACUAAGCACGCCGACGCUGAUCUUGCUCCUCGCGUCUCCCCCGUGCUCCUAUCUUCUCUCGAGCGCCGCCAGACCGAGGACGCUGUCGUUCAACGCUUCCGUCAAUAUGCAGCCACCGCCACCAAGCACGAUAAGAAAUUUAAGGAUCUCGCAGCUAAGGCCAAGACUGUCUCGCCGGACGAUAAAGAGUUCCCGAGGAAUGCCAGAUUGGCCUGCUUCGACAAGAAUAACGAUAUUCAGCAAUACCUCAAAAUCAUUGUCAACGCGCACAAGAGCAUUCUCCAGUCUGUCGUCGUGAUUGUGGCUGGGAUUCCCGUGCUAGGUCCCUUGCUUGCACCCCUUCUGUACGACAUCAAGUGUAUUGUCGACAAGAUCCUCGACAUUGUCGAAAACCUUAUCGACUGCUUAUUGAAUCUUCUCGGCCCCCUCGUGCAACAACUUUUGCCUGGAGUGAGCGACCUGCUUUGCCAGUUGAAGCUGUGUCUGCUCUAG